CUAUCCGAACCAACAAUAGACUACGGUUUCCAGAGGUUGAUGAAGUUAGUUCCGAGACACCCUGGUGACCCAGAAAGAUUACCAAAAGUAUGUCAUUGUGUGUAUGUGCUAGCCUGUGUGUGUGUUGUGUGUGUGUUGUGUGUGUGUGUGUAUGUGUGUGUGUUGUGUGUGUGUGUGUGUGUACGUACGUAUGUAUCUGAAAAGAAAUGUUUAUUAAUGAACAUACGCAUACAUUAUUGCAUAGUUUGA